AUGUCUGGCAGAUCUCGAAGAGAAGGCCAAGACCAUGGCACAAAUACAGUCGUACAGAAGAAUUACGGAGUCAACGAAUUGAAUAAUUUUAUCAGUCAAGUCCAAGUGGAAGCAAAAAUAAGCGGAAAAACUAUCAGGAAGGUCACUGGAAAGAAUCAGCUCAUCAACACUCAAUUUGAAGCCUUGAUACAAUCGCUCGAGUUCGGCAUGGACUUCUUGAAAGGAAUGGCAUUCGAUAUGUGUCUUUUAGACUUGCAAACAAUACAAAAAGGCGAUCAUCAAACCAUGGCUAAAAGUAUAACGGAUAUUUUCAGAGUGAAGGCCGAUCGAGGGGGACUUUACAAGAACCAUAACGCAUGGAUUAUUGACAUAUUCUGCUAUGACGAGCUUGAGCGUCCAACUCCCUUUGCUCUGGCCGUUAUACUUUUGGAACGUAUAAAAGACCACUUUUGCAGCAACCUUGACACCAACGAAGAGUUUCUGAAACCCUUUAAAGUUGCGCAUCAACCCAAAGGGAAUGUAGAGAGCGGUUUUCAACAGGCAGUCGAAAUCUUGCGGCCACUCGUGGAACGGGUAUUUGAACGAUUUCCCGAGGCCAGUUUGAACUUCAUGAUUAGUGGUAUAACCACCAAUGACCCAAGUAAGGGGAGAUUGGCAACCCUCGUGCUCCUGCUGGGGCGGCUCAUGGAAAGCGUGAGGAUGACCAAACCUCAAAGCCGGAUCAAAUGUAUAUUUUGCGGAAAUGACUUCAUGAAGACAGAGGGAUUUACUGAUAAAAGAAGCGACGAAACGGUCGAUAUAAAUAGCCUUCUGGGCAAUUUUUCGCGCAUGGCGCUCAAGCAAGGGAAUAGUAUUGAAGGUCAGAAUCAAACCCUCACAUCGAUAAUGGGUCGCAUGUUGGUCCUACGGUGGUCAGCGAACGAUCUAAAGUGGGAGAGACUAAAGCUGAAGGGAGAGGUAUCAUCUAAAGCCAUUGUACUAGUUUCGAAUGCUUUAACGGUUUGUUAA